CCCCGCACCGGCAACGGCUCCCCCGGCCCCGCCGCGCACCCGAGCAGGCGCACGCUCGGCGCAGCCGCCCCUCCUCCGCCGCCCGCCUUCCCCCGCGCAUGGCGCUGAGCGCGGCAGCCCCCGGCUCCGCACGUAAGUAACGGCCCCGCCGCGCCUUUGUGCGCGGGCCCGCCGCAGGUGAGGGGCUGCACCGGUCGUCUGGCGCUUUCGGCCGCGCCCCUGCCGAGCACAGGGGGGAGCCCGGUCAGAGCGGCCGCGGCCCGGCCCGGGGGCCCGGCUCGUCGGAGCCCCGGGGCCGGGGGAGGUGCCCUGGGGCCGGGCCGGGCCGUGGCGGCGCCUCAGGGCUGCGCUCUGCCCCGCGCAGGUGGCGGCGCGGGCGCGGCUCGCGGUGACUCCCCCGGGCCGGGGCUGCGGCGGGCGCUGAGCCCUCGGCCCGGAUGGAAAGUGGGGGUGAUGCCAGAGCGGCACUUCUGCGGGGCGGCAGAGGCGGCGGCCGUGGCGGGGUUCCAGCGGCUGCCGAGCCCGGCGCUCCCCCGGCCGCGGAGACCGGCGUGAACAUGGAUGGGCCCGGCGGCGGGGGGAGCGGGCCAGCCGCAGACACGGACGCUGCUGCAGCGCCGGCAGCCCCUGGGGCCCCCACCCCGCCGCCUCGCGGCCCCGGCUCCAGGGACCCCAAGCUGGUCCAUCAGCGGUUCCUGCGGAGGAGCGUGGUGGACUCGGACCAGGAGGAGCCCGCCUUCGACCUGCCCGAGGCGGAGCACCAGCGGAGAAUCAUCCUGCUCCCCAAAACCAGGAGGAUAAUCGCGGAGCGGGCGAAGGCGGGGCAGGGGGCGGCGGAGGCGGCGGGCCGGGAGGCCGAGUGCUCCGGGGAGCCGCGGGCAGCGCCGGCCGCGGGCAGCGCCGCGGGCGCCGAGGAGCCGAAGGAGCCAGGCAAGGAUGCGGAGCGGAGAGAGGCGCAGGAUGCUGCCAAGGACCAGGGCAAGGCUAAGAAAGAGGAGCCGGAGGAGGAAGCUGAUAUGAAAGCGGUUGCCACCUCGCCCGAUGGCAGGUUCCUAAAGUUUGAUAUUGAACUCGGGCGGGGAUCCUUCAAAACGGUCUACAAGGGUCUGGACACGGAGACGUGGGUGGAAGUCGCGUGGUGUGAACUGCAGGACAGAAAACUCACAAAAGUAGAGAGGCAGAGAUUUAAAGAGGAAGCAGAAAUGUUGAAAGGUCUACAGCACCCAAACAUCGUGAGGUUUUAUGACUUCUGGGAAUCCUGUGCAAAAGGCAAAAGAUGCAUCGUGCUGGUUACCGAGCUGAUGACCUCUGGAACGUUGAAGACGUAUCUGAAGAGGUUUAAAGUGAUGAAGCCUAAAGUCCUGCGGAGUUGGUGUCGGCAAAUCCUGAAGGGUCUUCUUUUCUUACACACAAGAACUCCACCAAUAAUUCACAGAGACUUGAAAUGUGAUAAUAUUUUUAUUACUGGACCAACUGGAUCUGUGAAAAUAGGAGACUUGGGUCUGGCAACACUCAAAAGAGCUUCAUUUGCCAAAAGUGUCAUAGGUACACCAGAGUUCAUGGCCCCGGAAAUGUACGAGGAACACUAUGAUGAAUCUGUGGAUGUCUAUGCGUUUGGAAUGUGCAUGCUGGAAAUGGCUACCUCAGAAUACCCUUACUCAGAAUGCCAGAAUGCUGCUCAAAUCUACCGGAAAGUAACCUGUGGUAUAAAGCCAGCAAGCUUUGAGAAAGUUACUGAUCCUGAAAUUAAAGAGAUAAUUGGGGAGUGCAUCUGCAAAAACAAAGAAGAAAGAUAUGAAAUUAAAGAUUUAUUAAGCCAUGCCUUUUUUGCUGAAGAUACUGGGGUAAGAGUGGAACUUGCAGAAGAAGACCAUGGUAGGAAAUCCUCUAUUGCCUUAAGACUCUGGGUAGAAGAUCCUAAGAAACUGAAAGGAAAACCCAAAGAUAAUGGAGCCAUUGAGUUUACUUUUGAUCUGGAGAAGGAAACUCCUGAUGACGUUGCACAAGAAAUGAUUGACUCAGGCUUUUUCCACGAGAACGAUCUCAAGAUCGUGGCCAAGUCCAUCCGUGACCGAGUGGCGCUGAUCCUCUGGAGGAGGGAGCGCAUCUGGCCCAGGAUGCAGUUGGAGGAGCGCCGCGACUCGGAGUGCCUGGACAAGCUGAAGGCACCACAGGCCCAGCAGGUCCAGGUCACCUACCUGUCCCACACGGGCCACCACAUCCUGUCGGAGCCUGAGGAGCCGGAGGCGGACCAGCACUCCUUCCAGCAGAACCUGCCCACCAGCGUCACCUCUGUCGCCUCUGACAGCACGUUUGACAGUGGCCAGGGUUCCACAGUUUAUUCGGACUCACAGAGCAGCCAGCAAAGCGUCAUCUACUCGUCCCUGCCAGACACUGUCCCUCCUGCCAUCCAGAGGGUGUACAGCCCCCCCCUGAGCGAGGGCCAGCCUGUGCCCCACAGCCUCCCCCAGCUCGGCCACUACCAGCAGCCCUCGGCACCCGUCCUGCCUGCGGUGCCAGCCACGCCCGCCGUGGUGCCCCAGCACUACCAGGAGCCGGCGAUGCCGUUCCCCGUGGUCCCCAGCACCGUGGCCUCGCUCCCGCUGGGGCAGCCGCCGCCACCCGUGCUGGCCGGCCAGCAGCAGCCCAUCUCGCAGGCAGCCUCCCUGCAGCAGGUGCUCAGCAGCCAGCCCGUGUGCCCGCUGCCGCCAGCCCCGCACCUGCUGCCGCCGUUCCCGGCGCAGGGCUCGCAGGUGCCCGCCAGCAGCACCCCGCUGAAGCCCCUGCAGAUCCCCACCGUGCCGCAGCUCCCGCCCGUGGCCCCUUCCCAGAUUCCUCAGUUUCCUGUCAUUCCUGCAAUUACUCCUCUGGCAGGGCUUGACAGCCUUCCUCCAAACCUGUCCGACAUAACUGCUGCGAACGUGCCCCCCAUUCCUGCUCCCUCCCAGUACUUUGCUCCGGCUGUGAUCCUGCCCAGCCUGCCCAUGAACCCCACGCUGCCCAUGGCGCCCAACUCCCCCGCCCUGCCCAUGCAGGCCGUCAACCUGCCUCACACCACCGUGGCUUCUCUGGUCCUGCCCUGCCAGCCCAUCGUGCCAAACAUGCCGGCGGCCACCAUCCCGCUGCUGGCGGUGGCACCGCCGGGGGUGCCGCCGCUGCCGCCGCACGCCGCGGUGCCGCCGCUGCCGCCGCAGCCCGUGUUCCAGCCCGCCUUCCAGCCGCUGCUGCCCGGCGAUGCGCCCUCGCCCCACCACACGCAGAGCUCUCAGCCCGUGUCCCAGGCACAGCCGCCUCCUCCAGCCCUGCAGCCGAGCGUGAUCCACCCUCCUGAGCCAGCUCACCAGCCCAUGCCUGGACACACUCAGUUUGCUCUGGAAGCUGGAGCCCAGGUGCCCGUGCUGCCAGUGCAACCCUCCAUGGUCAUGUCGCCGCCGUUGCAGCUGCAGCCGGAGCUGGUACCGCCCCGCGUCGCUCCCGAAGGAGUUCCCCAGGUCCAUGGCAGCCUUGCCACGGCUGCCCCACCCGCCCCCAUAGAGCCUGGCCUGCCUCUCCCGCCCUCUGCUCUGCUGCAGCUCCAGCCUGAUCUUUCCCAGCCACUGGGCCAGCAGCUCCCAGCUCCCUGCUCGGCUGUCGCAGCAGGCACAGAGACUUCUCAAGAGGAGCAGGCAAUACAGGACAAACUCCAAGCUCUGUCCCAGAGUUGCGAAAGCUACAUGAGCCCAGAUGUUGCUUCGGGUAAAGAGAUGAGUGACAGCUUGGAAGGAGCAACAGGAAGUGGAAAGCAAGAAGGAAAGUCUUCAAAGAAGCAUAAGAAAUCCACGCGUGCUCGUUCACGCCAGGAGAAGUCCAACAGACCCAAACUGACCAUAUUAAAUGUGUGUAACACAGGGGAUAAGAUGGUGGAGUGCCAGCUUGAAACCCAUAACCACAAAAUGGUGACGUUCAAGUUUGACUUGGAUGGUGAUGCGCCGGAGGAAAUUGCUACUUACAUGGUGGAGAAUGAAUUCAUCUUGCAAAGUGAAAAAGAGACUUUUAUUGAGCAAAUGAAGGAUAUCAUUGAUAAAGCAGAAGAUAUGCUCAGUGAGGAUACAGAAGGAGAGCGAAGUUCUGACCAGGGAAUAAGUCCCCAACAAGAUGCAGAUAGGCUGGAAAUAAGCGAGGAGAAGCGUCAGUCUCAAAUGAAGACACCUGUGUAUCAGCAAAAUGUUUUGCAUACUGGAAAAAGGUGGUUUAUUAUUUGUCCAGUGGUGGAAAACCCUACUACAGAUGCCCCCGAGUUUUCUCCCCCGGUGCCUCCCAGUGCCCAGCAGACAGAAGGGCCAGACCCGGAGCAGGCGGAUGACCAGCCGGUGAGCUCUGCAGUGACAGAGGCACCCGGGCUUGGGGCUGGCCAGCAGCUUUCCCUGCACACAGGGGCCAGCGACGGCCCCCUUGGAACCACCCCGUCCUUGGCACCAGCUCCUGCCAGCGUAGCGAGCCAGCCGGAGUUCCCAGCGCCAGCCCCGCCGGCAUCUGCCCCGAGCAUCGCGGAGCCCGCUGCGGCCAGCGGGGGUCAGCCGGAGUUCCCCCGAGCCGUGGGGCUGGAGGAGCCCCCCGAGGCCCCGGCCCCGCACCUGCAGCCGCAGGCGGACGAGCCGGCGUGUGUGCCCGACGUGGAGAUCGCCUGCUGCAGCGUGGGGCCGCCCGCGGCGCAGGGGCCGCACCUGCCCGAGGGCGGCCAGCCCGGAGCGGGGCCCUUGGGCAGCCAGCCCUUCCCCCCGGCCGCCGGCCCCGACGCCCUGGGCUUGUCGGGGUCCCAGCUCCAGAGCCCCACGCAGGUGCCGCUGGCCGCCUCCCAGCAGCCGCCGGUGGCGCAGGGUGGCGCGGGGAUGGCCGGGGCAGGGGUCAGCCUGCUCCAGCAGCAGAACCCCCCCGGCACCGCAGAGUCUGACAGCGAGGGCCCCCCCAGGGUGGACUUCGUGGACAACACAAUUAAAAGCCUUGAUGAGAAGCUGCGCAAUUUGUUGUACCAGGAGUAUGUUCCAACUUCUUCGGCAUCAGCAGGGACGCCGGACACCUCCGUGCCACCCGAACAGGGCGACAGUGAGCUUACCUUAUCCCCGUUUCCUGAAGAGCAAGCUCCUGCCCCAGCGUUGGAUGGGAGAGAACCAGGCAUCCCAGACACCGGCCAGGAGUUGAACAAGCCGGAAGUCACUGGUGUGAGUGCUCAUCCCUCAGAGGCAAGAGGUCCAGUCACAAGCAUCGCUUCAGCUCCUGCUGCUCCAGCAAAAGGCCUCCUUCAGGUUGCACCUCCACCAUCAGGCACAGCUCCACAGAUGGAGACUUUCCAGAGGAGCGAGGAGGCAAAGAGUACAGCUUCGCCCGCACACACAGGGAGCGUAAUGCGGCGAGCGACGGCAGAUGGGGCGAUGAGUAACUUCCACAGGGAUGGCUCUCCGGGCUCUGGUUCCUAUGGAAAACAGGCUGAGGCUCUGGAGAGUGGCACGCCGGCCAAAACCAUUGGCAGGUUUUCAGUCAUCAGCACGCAGGACGAAUUAACUUUAGCGGCACCGCACUGCUUGAGGUUCUCGGCCCCGCCGGACGUGUACCUGGACGAGCUGCCCUCCAGCCCGGACGUGAAGGCUGCCGUCCGCAGGGUCCAGACGGCCUCUUCUGUGGACGUCCUGUGCGACCAGGCCUCGAGCGACUCCGCCGACGAGCCCUGCCCACGGCAGCCGGCGGCUGCUGCAGCUGCACAGCUCUCCCCCCCCAGCAGCAGCACAGCCACGGACUUAAUCAAAAAAGCGGCUGCUUUUCUGCAGAGGUCUGCCAAAGGUGGCUCCCCUGGCCCGGAGUCGCCCAAUGGGCAAGGUGCGAAGAUUCCUACCAUCAACAUCACGUCCUUCCACUCACAGUCGUCCUACAUGAGCAGUGACAAUGACUCAGAGUUUGAAGAUGCUGAUAUGAAGAAAGAAUUGCAGAACCUGAGAGAAAAGCAUAUGAAAGAGAUUGCUGAGCUGCAGACGCAGCAGAAGAACGAGAUAGAGGCACUGUAUAUUCGCUUGGGGAAACCCCUUCCUCCCAACCUGGGCUUCCUUCACUCUGCCCCACCAAGCAGCCGGCGCCGAAGAACCAGCAAAAACAAAUUGAAAGCUGGAAAACUCUUAAACCCUCUGGUCCAGCAGCUCAGGAGUGGAACAUCAAGCACAAGUAACCUUUCAGACUCUAAAGACUCACCCCACAAAGAAAGCAGUAACUCGCAGCCGGGCUUCCCCGAAGCCGCCGCGGUGCCUCCGGGUGCAGCCCCUGCCUUCGGCAAGGCUGUGCAGACGCAGCAGCCGUGCUCUGUCAAAGCCUCUCUGUCCUCUGACAUCUGCUCCGGCCUGGGCCCCGACGCAGCUGACGCCAACGCAGGCUCUGGCCAAGGCUGGACGGUUUUCCACCAAACGUCUGAGAGAGUGACCUAUAAAUCUAGUAGCAAACCUCGUACCAGAUUCCUCAGUGGACCUGUGUCUUUGUCCAUCUGGUCCACCUUGAAACGACUAUGUCUAGGCAAAGAUCACAGUAGUAGAUCCUCGACCAACAGCCUGGUGACAUGUCCUGAGCCCCUCCCACAGUCAACGCUGCAGGUUCAGGCCAACAACAGUAACAACAAGAAAGGGAUGUUCACAGAUGACCUGCACAAGCUGGUGGACCAGUGGACAAGCAAAACUGUUGGAGCUGCACAGACAAAACCUUCUUUAAACCAACUGAAGCAGAACCAAAAAAGGCAAGACAUGGAGCCAAAGGCUAACCCCAUGCAAACGCAGAAUGAGACAUGUGGAGUAAGUUCGGUAAGGACAGGACUGGGGAGCAAGUGCCCCGUUCCAGUGGCUUGCCCCAUGCCCUCAGGAUUAGCUCCUGGAGCCGCGCCGUCCCUGCCAGUGCCCGUGCCGGGGCCCGCCCUGGCUGGCGCGGUGACACCGUACGUGAUGCCUCUCUGUCAGUACGGAGCCGUGUUCCCUUCGCCUGUGUACGGAGUGCCGUGGCCGGGGCCGGUGGCGCAGCCGGGGCUGGUCCGAGGGCCCGGCAUCGUGCGCUUCUCGCCGCUGGGCCGGAGCUGCCUGCGGAUGUACCCGGUGCCGCUGCAGCGCCCGGCCCGGCCGGCCGGCCCGCGGCUGCGCAUGACCUAGCGCGGGGCCCUGCCGCGGGGACCCGGGCCUGAGGGACCCUGUCAGGGGGUGGCCUUGCCGCGGGGACCCGGGCCUGAGGGACCCUGCCGGUGGGUGGCCUUGCCGCGGGGACCCGGGCCUGAGGGACCCUGCCGGUGGGUGGCCUUGCCGCGGGGACCCUGGCCUGGGUUUUGAUGCCGUCGUGUUGGAGUGUUUGCUCUGUACAUGCCGUGCUCUGUGUGGGAUGAGGCGGGGCCCCGGGCACGGCCGUACCCUGCAUCGGCAAUCACUGUGAGGCGGCAUCACCACAGAUCGUUUGUUGUCAAGGCAAUACCUGCUUCUGUCCCGUUGCUGAAGACACUUUAUUCCUUGUGUUCUGUUUCACACUUGUGAUCCUUAACAUCAUUGUACUUGAAUUGAUGAUUAGCAAAUUGUACUAACCCUGCAGGAGUUCAGUGCCUUGAAUCUCAGCUUUCCAGUCCCAGCUGGAAAGAGAUGUACAAUUAUUUGAAAGGUGUAUUUUAUUUACAAUCUGCUUGAGAGUUGGAGGUCUUUUUAUUUGCAAAGAGAUUGCAGGUUUACAGUUGAUGUUCCUCAUCAGCUUCCUUCUGCUGUAAAUGCUUUGUUUUUGUUCACGGGUUGAAUUUUCAUUUCUGAAGCUUUUAGAAAUAAGAAUUGUGAGGUGAGGUUUCUUUGACAUGCUUGUUUGAUGCACUGAUCGUAAAAUUGUUGGUGUUUGUACAAGGAGUAGUGAAGUGCACGCUGUAAUGUAAGAGCAUCUACAGAGUGAUCCAAGGAAGGUGUGUGCAAGGACAGGGAAGCAGCUUCAGGCAGCACUCUCCGUUCUCCUUCCCAGCCUGUGGCAAAGACAUUGUAGAUGACGACUUAAUUCUGUAACAGGCAGCAAAUGCUGUUUUCCUCUGGAUCAGCAGCACACUGGAUUUCAUUUCCUUUCCUUGUGUCGUGGGCUUUUAUAAUUUAGUUAAAUCACAAGCUUGUGCAUGUUCCAUAAGUGAAGACAAGUAAGUGGAACUGUUGAUUCUGGCAGACCGUGUCUGCAGGUGGCCGUGAGCCCCGUGUGAGCAGAGCACGCACACAUGUCCAGGUUCUGCUCCAGCCCCUGAGCUUGACAGUGAUGUCUGGUCCCUGGUGUGCCGGCUGUGUUCAUGCUAAAACAGAAUAAAAAUGUCAAGCUGUUCUUUUUCAUAUCUGACACUCCAGGUUUAGUGUCUCACCGCCUUCUGUUUGUAAUGAUUUAUUUAUUUAUUUAUUUAUCUUUAUUUUUACCCAAGUUUGCACUCCAGGUGGCACGGACACCUCUCUCCUGUUCAAAAGUUGCUUUUUUCCUAUUUUACUGUGCAUAGAGCCUCCACCUACACUUAGUGUAAAGGCACAAGGUAACCACUAAAGCUGGUUUGCCAUGGUAAGUCUCCUUCCUUCCCUGAGUGCUACAGGCAGCGUUACAGGCACAGGACCCAGGUGUGGCCGCACCCAAAGGCCCCACAAUGACAUUUUGUAGCCCUCUGCUGAGGGGCAGAGACAUCCUGUGCUGCCAAGCUGUGAAUUGUAUAGUUCUAUUGUACUUCAAGCAUUAUACCGGUCUAAAUUACUUUGUUUGUACCCUUUGAAUAUAUUAUUCCAUCAAUUCAGUUAGAAUUGAAUUUAUAGACAAUUAUGCAGAGUCUUCUGCCUGGGCAAAAUACUUACUGCAGUAAGAGAUUUCUGUUCUCUGUACCAUGUAUCUUUAAUUUGUUUGGGUUUUUUAGAUUCAUGUCUGUAUGCUUCAUGAGCAAACAUGGAAAAUAUGUUCUCACACCGGGUUCCCUUUGGCUCACACUGAUUCCUACAGUUUAUGUUGCUAUUGCCUGUAUAGUCCAUCCCUUGUAUACUGACAAAGUCAGUGGCACUAAAAGCCCCAACAAAUUGUAUAGAUUAAAAAGAAAAAUAAACAUUUUGUGCUUGAAAA